AUGGAAUGUGACAAUCCAUUCACAUUUGGUUUAUGUAACGGCAGUCUCUCUGCAUGGAAUGGUGAACAACAUUCUAAUGGAAUAGCCCACAAAAGGAAAAGGAAUGAAAAUGGCUAUUUAGGUGAUAAGAGUGGCGAGAACGAUGACUAUAAAGCUCCACCUAGGUUAAGAGGACAUUGUUUUGUACAGCUGCAUGCCCACAAAGGAAUCUUCCAUUCUGAAAAGUGGAAGCCGAAUGGCAGCACCCUAUAUCAUCCACUUUCAUCACAUCUUUUAGUAAACUUUGAAAAAUAUGAUCAGAUCAGCUUUGAUGAAGGAUUGUUUUUUAUUGGAGAUGAAACAGGAGGAUGUUUGCAAAAAGAAGAAGGCCAUGUCAUUCAUUGUUGGAGAUUUGAUGACCAAGAGAAGACACUUUUCAUCGCAAUGUCAUAUUUGUUUACAAAUUUUUGUGUAUUUCAAGAAAUUGUCAAUCGGCUAAGUGAUGCAUGA